AAUGCCGAAGACUACUGCAAAGAUGACGUCGUUACACCUCCACCUUCCUCUUCUGUGUACGCCGUCGAUCCCUCAUGCGAAAACGUCCAGUCUGCCCAAGACGCACCGACGUCGGGGGAAUGGUCCCAAGCCAAUCAGUACGAAAACGUAAGUCGGGAUGAACCGUAUGAUGUUCCGACUCCUUCCAAGGAAACUUGGUCAUUGAGGGACGGUUCUAAAGGAGAGGAGAGGAAAUUAAGGUACGGUGGGCAGGAGGUUUGGGCCAAGGAGAAGGGGCAUGAGGUUAGUCCGUCGUGGGAGGGUCCUUCAGGGACAGAGAAGGGGGGCAGGAAGCCGGAGGGC